AUGCAAUCUCGUAGUCAAUCUGAUAGUGCUAACGGAACAAAUGCCAAGUUAGCUCACAAGGCCAAUGUAACUGCUGCUUAUGAAAUCCAAAAAAAUUUGAAAUAUGAUUUCAAAGAUUCGUCGUUGCUUCUUACUGCGCUUGGUAAAGACAACAAAUUGGAUACAUCUAUAGGAUUGCCAGGUCGUUAUGGAAAUCAACAAAUACUAGAGAUGAUCGGUGAUGCCUGGUUGCGCUUUGUGGUUUUAUAUAAGCUAUACGAAAUGAAAGAACAUACCGAUGGAUCUGCUAAAUCGUUUAAUGACGCUACUAAAUGGUUGGUCUCUAAUGAUACUGUCUUACCGGAAAUAGGUAAAAGAUUAGGUUUAGAAAAAUGUAUUCGAAAUAUUACCGAUAAAAAAAAAUAUUUGGCUAAUUACACGGAAGCAAUCCUCGGCGCUGCUGUUAUUGACGAUCGUAAUUUACAUCGAUCCUUUCAAGUUGUCGACCGACUCUGGUCCCCAUACAUCAACACUUAUAAGAACAACGAUAAUAAUUGCGAUGCAAGACCGCUCUUUGUUAGCCAAGAAAUAACGAAUCAAAAUCAAGCUAAUGAUGAAAAAACUCAUGGUAAUGAUUUUCAUUUACCUGAGCUCAUUCCAAAUGCCGACUACAAUCAAACUGAUCACGAUUCACAAUCAAGCAAGGAGAGCUUUGCAAUAGGUAACGAUGAUAAAAAAUGUCCAUAUACAGCCAUGGUUAAUCCCGACAACGUUACGGCUACAGUUAAACCGUCAACGGAAGCACAUCAUUCAAAUGAAAGUAAUCAAUUUGAUACGGCUGAGUCUAAUACCGUUAUAAAAGUCAAGAAAGUUGCAAUUAAUACGACAGUUGAUAGCCACGUUGACGGCCUAUCUGUAGCUCAAAGCAAGUUAAUUGUGCAGAAGGCAUUUAGUAGUUUUUGCAAUAGUUUGAGUGUAUUCCAAAAGAUGGUUUCACAACUCCCAGAUAUUAAUUGUCGACACGGGAGUGCUGGCGAUACAAUAUUAAUGAAAAUUGUUACGGCAAGUAAAUUAAAUAAUUCUAAAAAACUGGAGAGGAUACAAUUUUUACUCGAUCAUGGUGCAUCGUGGAACGUGAAAAAUAACGAGGGUUUAGACGCUCUCAGUAUCUGUCAGAGCAAAAAUCCUGAUCUUAUUCUGCAGUUAAAGCGAAAGGGAUUGAUUAGUAAUGAUGGACAAAUAAAUGAUGCAGAUAAGCUUAAUGAUAAAGAGCAAGAUAACAAGAUUAUGCUCAAUCGGCAUAUAGUUGAUCCUGAUGCUAUUAAACAUAGCAAUCAUGUCGCAUCUAAUGUAACAGUUAAUAGCCACACUGAAGGAAAAUCGACACCUCAAAGCGAUUUAAUGGAGCAUAAAGCAUUUAGCAGUUAUUGUAGUAAUUUUAAUAUGUUUAAAAAUAUUAUCACGCAAGUCUCAAAUGUUAAUUAUCGACAUGGUAAAGCUGGCGAAACUAUAUUGAUGAAAAUUAUUACUACAAAAAAUCUAGAUAAUUCUGAUAAACUGCAGAGGAUACAGCUUUUACGCAAUUGUGGUGCGUCGUGGAAAUUGAAAAAUUUUGAGGGAUUAGACGCCCUCAGCAUCUGUCAGAGAAAAAAUCCUGAUCUUAUGUCGCUUUUAAAACUAAAAGGAUUGAUUGGUAAUAACGUUCAAGAAGCUCCCACUGAAAUCAAUAAAAAAGAGGAUGGUGUUGUCUCGCCAACCUUCAAUCGAAAUCAAAAAAAUAAAAUAUGUGAAUUAUCGGUGGUCAAAAAUGACGAUCGGGCUAUCGAUAAAGAGCAGGAAAACAUCAAUAAUCUGUUUUCUAAUCAUUGCAAUAGCUUCUCAAAUCUCAAGAUGGCAGUUAAUCAGGUUAAAGAUAUUAAUUGUAAAAAGAAUGACGAUGGAGGAGAUAACAUUUUGAUGACUAUCCUGAAAUGCACAAGGCUUGCUGAUGAGAAAAAGAUAGAAAGGAUCAGAUUUCUUCUAUCUCGUGGUGCUUCCUGGAAAGCUACAAAUAAUUCUUCCGUGAAUGCAGUGAAUGUUGGUUUAAAAUAUUGUCCACAGUUAAUGAAUACGUUAAUAGAGCAAGGACGAGUAGAUCAACAUGCGUUAAAGAAAUGUAGCCGGCUAUUACCUACAAGCUACUCAAAUCAAAACACUGUUAAAGAUACUAAAUUGCCUAAAACUGCAAUUGUAAAUGAUCAUAUUCAACUAGUCGAUCAUGCUAUUAACGACAACAAUAAAGCCCUAUUUCCAGAACUUUAUCAAGAUAUUGAUCAAUUUAAAACUGCAGUCUUAAAAUUACCAGAUUUGAAUUCCACUUGGAUUUCAGGUAAUACUAUAUUAAUGACAAUAUUACAAAGUCCCUUUUUAGAUAGUCAAGAGAAAAUAGAGAAGAUAGAAAUUCUUGUACAAUUGGGAGCUUCUUGGUAUGCCACUAAUGAGCAUGGCAAGAAUGCUAUCGAUGUAGGUUUAAAAGCAUGCCCAAAGAUAUUGGCUAAACUUAUCAGAGCGGAUUCUGUAAAACAAGAUAAUAUCUUUCAAUCGAAAGUUAAAGAAAGGGCAGAACUACUAACACGUACGGGAAAAUUUCAAACAGAAAAUGCUUUUGAUAUUAGUCAAAAGGACAAUGUUGUAGAAUUAUCCUGUCGCAAAGAUAAUACAAACCGAAAACUGUUUACACAUUAUUGUAAAGGAAUGGACCGGUUUAAGGAAAUUAUAAAGGAAUCUAGUAACUUAAAUUGUAGAAAUGAUGGUAAAGUAGGUAACACUGUUCUUAUACUAAUACUGCUAAAUGAAACGAUGGACGACGGUGUGAAAGUGGACAGGAUAAAAUUACUUGUUUCAUCCGGCGCGUCAUGGUAUACUGCCAAUAAUUGUGGAAUGAAUGCAAUUGAUAUUGGUUUGCAAUCGUGUCCCAAGUUUCUGGCCGACUUAAUCGAACAAGGUUUAGUCGGAGAAUUAUCUGAACAUGAUACAGAUUCCUUAAUUGAUCAGAGCAGUAAUGGAAUUACAGUCUCUACUAAUCAAUCUUACAGUACAUCUGACAGUGAUGCAAGUGCUAGUACGCCAUUAGUGCAGGGUCAAGAAAAAGAUGAUGCUAUGUUGAAGUUAAGUUAUUGCAAUAGUAUCGAUAAAUUCAGAGAUUCUAUCCAAAAAUUAUCUAAUAUCAAUGUUAGAAACUCUGGUAAGUCGGGUGAUACUAUCCUAAUGACCAUUCUACAAAUUAAAAGACUAGAUGAACCAUCUAAAAUCGAAAGAAUAAAGAUUCUGCUAUCGUCUAAAGCUUCAUGGUAUGCUACUAAUAAUCGUGGCCAGAAUGCUAUUGAUCUAUGCUUACAGAAAUAUCCAGAUUUGUUAGCGAAGCUAAUAAGAAUGAAACUCAUCAAGCAAGAUGACAUAUUUAAAUCUGUUGCUCAAGAAAAAGCUACUAUGAUUCAGUCUAUAAUUGGAUCUGAUCGUAAUGGUAAGAGAUCCGCGAAUAUGAAAACAUGUCAAAAUAGCAUCGGCAGGAAUGGUAAUAGCAAAUUUAUAGAAUUGAUAUCCAGUACAGAAACUUUGAACGAUCCUAUUAUAUUCACGUGUUAUUGCGGUAACAUGGAUAAAUUUAAAGAUGUAGUGCAGGCAGCUAAGACCCUGGAUUGUAGAAAUUCAGGCAAGAUAGGUAAUACUUUACUAAUGAUGCUAUUGCAAAGCAAGAGAUUGGAUAAAAAUUCUAAAAUAGAAAGAAUAAAGUUAGUGGUAUCUUUUGGAGCUUCGUGGUAUGCAGUCAAUAAACAAGGUCAAAACGCUAUUGAUAUUGGCUUACAGUUAUGUCCUGACUUAUUAGCCAGUUUAGUCGAACAAGGUCUAGUAAAAUACGAUAAAUCUUAUUGUAUUAAAGACCACCAAGGAGUAGCCAUCGACAAUUCUUCAGUUAUGCCAGCUUCAGUACCGGACAGAAAGAUACCGCCCUAUUCGUCUGCUUCUAAUGCGCCUUCUAUACCAACCUAUGGUAGUAAUGCUGCUUACCCUUAUAUCUUUCCAUCGUCUACAACACCUGCAUUCAAUAACAGUUUAGCACCGAUAAAUCAUAAUUAUAUACACUCUGGACUAUAUCCAAGUCAGGGACUUGUUACAAGUUCCUACAUACCUGGUCAGUGGCUUGGAAAUAGUCCCUAUCCAGAUUUAAUGCCAUUAUUUGCUCCGCCAGUAUACAAUGCUCGCACCAAAUAUAAAGUAUUUAUCCCGGUCUUUAUGUUAGUUUCAACGUUAAAUACUGUUAUAACUCAAGGCAAUAUACGUCGUACGUAUGCUUUGAAGAUAUAG